AUGGCGAAUCCUCGUAUUGUCAUUGGGCUUGACUUCGGCACCACCUAUAGUGGUGUCGCCUGGGCUUUGAGCGAUUGUCCAGAUAAACCCGAAGUGAUAAUGUCGUGGCCUGGAGAGGGGAACCGCACAACACCCAAAGUCCCUAGCACCAUGAUCAUUAAAUGCGGUGCGCGCGUUCAUUGGGGUUACCAGACCAACUACCUUGUUGGAGACAAUAUCCGGGGUAUGAAGCUCCUACUGGAUGAGCCUCAGAACCCAGGAUACGUCGCAUCCUUGAUAGAUGCGGGACUGCUCAAAAGGUCACGCAUACCUGCAGUUACUCUGACUGGCAUGUAUCUGACAGGUCUGGUUGACCACACCAAGAAAAUUCUUCAGAGGCGCUUUGGCCGAGCAGCCGAACAGAUGGAGAUGCAGUAUGUCCUGACGGUACCAGCCAUCUGGUCUGAUAAGGCAAAAGACGCGACCUUGAAAGCCGCUUCGAGGGCCAAAAUUCCCCAGAAAGACAUUACUUUGGUAUCUGAGCCAGAAGCGGCAGCUUUGUACUGCCUUAAUGCAAUUCAGCCAAACUCCAUCGAGAACAACGAUGUUGUCGUAGUAUGCGAUGCCGGUGGCGGUACUGUGGACCUCAUCUCGUAUCGCGUGACGACGGUGUCUCCAUUGUGCUUGGAAGAGGUAGCUGAAGGCACUGGCGAUAUCUGUGGAUCGGUCAUGCUUGAUGCCGGAUUCAAGAACUUCCUCAAGGUCCUCGUCAAUGACAAGCAUUUAAGUGUCAAGUCCUGCGAAGUGGCCUUGAGAUACUGGCAAGACCAUAUAAAACCCAACUUUGCGAGCGAUCCGGACUUUGAAGAGGAGACACAUUUUGUCCCUCUCCCUGGGUUGAAGGACAAGCCUAAGAUAGGUCUACAAGAUGGUUUUCUUCAGCUGGAUGGAGCUCAGAUUAGAAGGAUCUUCGAUCCAGUCGUUGACCGAGUUAAGGUGCAGAUCAUCCACCAGGUUAAUGCUGCCAGAGCCGAGAAGAAACCAGUAAAGGCUAUUCUUCUGGUGGGAGGAUUUGGUUCAUCCGAGUACCUCUAUCGCUGUAUUCAGGAAACAUUCAGUGACAUUAUUGUGAUGCAGCCACCCAACUCUGGAGCGGUUCAAUAUGGCUUGAAGGGCAACCAGGUCAAGAAGCGCAUUGCCAGAUGCCACUAUGGAGUUUGCCAUAUAACACAUGAUCCCGAUACCAUGGCUAAAUAUCCAGAUGCCAAGAGAUAUUGGGAUAACUUGGCUGAGAGUUGGUAUAUCACCGACCUGAUGACGUGGUAUAUCCACAAGGCAAACGUUAUUCAACAAGGAGAACCUGUUCGGAUGAUUUUUAAUACGAACUUCGCUGUUGACGGAACGGCCGGUAUUAUCAGCAAACUAAAGAUUUGCCUUCGCGGCGAAGCUCCCAAACGUUGCGACAGUGGUGUUUACGAGUUGUGUACCUUUGCAGGCGAUCUAAGAAAUAUACCAACUCAUCUCUUCAAGAAACACACAAACAGCAAAGGCAAGGUGUACUACAACGUUGAACAUGUUUUAAUCAUGACCCCGCAGUCCGCCUCAAUCAAAUUCGAGCUGGAGUUCAAUGGCCAAUCGGUCGGGGAGGUCCAGGCCAAUUAUUUUGAGUAA